AUGUCUGCUGCCGUCGAGAAGGUUUCCGAAGCCGUCAAUGACGUUACCAAUGCUCUGAGCAAUGCCACUAUCUCCGACAAGGCCGCCGAUAAGCCUGCCGCCAACAACGAUGCCGUCCUCGCCAGCGCUGCUGAGGGACGCCGUCUGUACAUCGGCAACCUGGCCUACGCGACAACGGAGGGGGAGUUGAAGGAGUUCUUCAAGGGUUACCUUGUUGAGUCCGUCUCCAUUCCCAAGAACCCUCGCACCGACCGACCUGUUGGCUACGCCUUCGUCGACCUCUCCACCCCUUCCGAGGCCGAGCGCGCCAUCUCUGAGCUUUCCGGCAAGGAGAUUCUCGAGCGUAAGGUCUCGGUUCAGCUUGCCCGCAAGCCUGAGCCCGCUGGAGAGAAGACCGAGGGUGCCAACGGUGAGGGUGCUGGUGAGGGUAACCGCCGCCGCGCCUCCGGUCGUGGCCGUGGACGUGGCCGCGGCCGUGGCGGUCGUGGUGCCCGCGGUGGCCGCAACGAGGAUGGCACUCCCAUCGAGGGUGCUGCCGCCGAGGUCCCUGCCGGCGCUCCCGCUACCUCUGAGGUUCUGCCUCUGACCGAUGCCACCAACAAGGAUGCCGCCAAGACCCAGAAGGCCGGCGAGUCCGCUGAGGCUCGUGCCCCCCGUGAGCGUCGCGAGCGUGGCCCUCCCGCCGAUGGCAUUGCCUCCAAGACCAAGGUCAUGGUCGCCAACCUCCCCUACGACCUGACCGAGGAGAAGCUCAAGGAGCUCUUCGCCGCCUACGAGCCUUCUUCCGCCAAGAUCGCUCUCCGCCCCAUCCCCCGCUUCAUGAUCAAGAAGCUUCAGGCUCGCGGCGAGCCUCGCAAGGGCCGUGGCUUCGGCUUCGUUACCCUCGCCUCUGAGGAGCUUCAGCAGAAGGCUGUUUCCGAGAUGAACGGCAAGGAGAUUGAGGGCCGCGAGAUCGCCGUCAAGGUCGCUAUCGAUAGCCCCGACAAGACCGACGAGGAGGCCAACGCCCCCAAGGAAGAGACCAAGGCCAACGGCACCCAGGAGGCUGCCACCGAGGCCGCGGCUGCUCCUGCUGCUGCCGAGACCCCGGCUGCCGCUCCCGCCACCACCGCCUAA